AGUUUCUUUCGUGUUGAUUGGGAAGCAAUAUUUUUCGUGGAUGUGUUAAUGCUCCUCCUGCGCUAGGUAGAUAUGUUGGUAUAAAUCUGCAUCGGUAAGGAGACGAUUGAUCCAAGAAUUUGCCAUGAGAGCUGGCGAGGUUGCAGAAAACAUUGCGACCCAUUCCCUUUCAGAAAGCAAAGGGAGUAAGAGGAGGAGAGAUGAAAUCCAAGAGGAAGAGGAAGAGGAAGAGGAAGAGCUAACAGAAGACUUCAUUACGUUCCAAGAUACAUUAAUUGCUCUUAAUUUAAUGCGUUCUCAGUUUCCCAAGAUUGAAAAGGUGGCAACCAAGCCAUUUGUGCUCCGGUCACAAUUAUACAGCAGUGUUAAAGAUAGAACACAAGUUGACCGGGAGUUGGAGGAUUUGAGGAAACAGGAGGUUUUACGUAUUUUCAAAUUGAAUACUGGUCAAGAUGAUAAUGCCAUCAUGUUCAUGGAUGAUUAUCUUCAACAGGUUGAGGCUGCGAAGAUUUCAGUGCAGUCAAAGCAUCCAGAUGAUGUUGAUGUCUUUGAUUGGUUCCGGUCAUAUGUACUUGCUUCCAAUUUGGGAGUCAGUAUUAGCCACUCGAAGCUGUGUGAACUACUAUCAAGAGGGGGAGCCCUAAAGGAUAAGCAUAUUUCGCUCCUCAUCAACACAGGGAUUUUGAUCCGGCAGAUAGACGAUUCAGACUCAUAUUGGUUUUCAAUUCCUAAUGUUGGAACUCUUCUUAAGAGCCUCAGUCAGGGUCGAAAAGAACUCCUUAAUUUUUUGAAUCGAAGGAGAUACAAAGAAAUGUUGUUAUCAGCUUUGGAGAAACGACGUUUGCGACUCUCAAAGCUUGACAUGAGAUUUCAUCUCCGAGAUCUGAUAGGGUCCGGCCACCUCAAAAUUAUUGAAACCCCAGUUGGAGCACUUGUUCGUGUUGUCAAAGAAUGAGCUUCCUGUCUCAUCAUUUAUGUGGCACACACAGCUGAUCUUGAUAUUUGUUAGAAUUCAUAUAUUUCUAUGACAAACAUUCUGGUGAUUUGCAUUCAUGUAGGAAGGAGAUAGAGGAUAUCAUGAUACAGUGCAGUCUUCCUUACUAAUUUAUCUGUACAUGUGUACUUGUCAAUAAGCUUGAAUAGCCACACAUACAGAUCUAUCAGGCAGUGCAUUUAUCCAAUUUUGAUGGAUAUUUUGGUUUAUAAGAAUGGACUUCAUCUGCUCUACUGAAAAGGGUUUAUUCUUUUCUAUAAAACAAAUUUUGGGUCCACUAAGAGGAGAAAUUGAAGCUAUUUUACACUAAAUGCUGUAGUUUGUUGACUCGAUUCAGAGAAUGCAAAUGUAUAUUUCAUUUAGGUAGUAGUUGUGGUUGUACUUGGUCUCAAUUUCCAUGUCCGUUUUCUCCAUAUUUUUUAAGCAAUUGAUUUUGCAUUGAAUACUUCUA